ACAGGAACAGCAGCAGCUGUUGGUACUGAAGAAGUGUCCAGCUCUGCUCAAGAGGAUGACACUCAAAUGGACCAACCUUCAGGCCCAGAGAACCCUGACCAGCAGACCACAGGAACAGCAGCAGCUGUUGGUACUGAAGAAGUGUCCAGCUCUGCUCAAGAGGAUGACACUCAAAUGGACCAACCUUCAGGCCCAGAGAACCCUGACCAGCAGAUUAAAACAGGUUGCCAAAAUGAAGAUGAGACUUUUGUUCCAAGAUUACGACGGACAAAAAGUAUAAUGAUGAAAGAAAAAAUUCCUGAAUUCUCCGAUGAGCUAUUUGAUUCCUCAUUGACUGAUGUGUCAGUGAGUGUUGAUGAGUAUGUCCCAGAUACUACUUCAGAAAGUGAAGACAGCGAUGUUAGCCUCUCACUAGUUCCAAAACGGACCCUUCCUGUUUUGAGUAACCCUGGUUCAAUGAGUCCUCCAGUCUGUGACAGCACAACACUUGACGAUGGAACCUUUGACAGCAACAGCAUAACACCUGAAGUCACUGGAGCAGAGACACCCUGCUCAAGUCAGGACAUGAUGGACACUGUAGUUGUUGGUGUUUCCCAAAAGAAAGAUGGCCACAGAGUUUAUAACAAGAGACAUUACUGUUUGUAUUGCAGCAAACCUUAUGCUAAGAUGGCAAGGCAUCUAGAGAGUGCACACAAUAAUGUAUCAGAAGUGGCCAAAGCACUGAGCUUUCCAAAGAGUUCUGCGGAGAGGAAGAAACAGCUUGACUACAUUCGCAACAAAGGCAACUACGCUCACAAUGCUACUGUUAUGGAGUCAGGAAAGGGUGAACUCGUGCCAUUCAAACGACCAACCGACGAAGUCAAAGGAGACAAUUUCAUGCACUGUGCAUACUGCCAAGGUCUUUUCAAAAGAAGGGUCCUGUGGAGACACAUGCGAUGCUGUCAGGUCAGACCUGCAUCAGCCACCCUGAAACCAGGAAAGAACCGUGUUCAGUCCAUGUGCAUAUACACAGGACCUGUGCCUUCACACAUGUCUAAACAGCUGUGGGGAGUAAUCAGUGCCAUGGUUCCCGAUCCAAUCACAGAGAUCAUCAAAAAUGAUCAUGUCAUCAUUGAUGUUGGGCAGCACCUGUUGAAUAAAGGUGGGAUGUCAGCCAAGAAUCAACAGCAUGUCCGAGAGAAGAUGCGGGAAUUGGGAAGGCUGAUCCAUGCUGCAAAGACAGUAACUGCUUUAAAAAAAAAUGGAGGACUUCAUACAUCCAAAGAAUUACUUGGAGAUGGUGAAAGCAGUCAAGAAAAUGUGUGGCUUUGA